AAGGUGCGUGGGUGGUGGCUGCUGGCUCUCUUCUUCUUCUUCGUGUUUCUCUUCACAGGCCAAUUCUUCGUCAUAAAUAAUAUUCACUGGCUCCACUCCACAUUCCCAUCGUCGUUGUGGUGGUCGGUUUCGGGAGAAUCUGAUGAGAAAUCCCCGGCGACGUGUCCGGAUUACUUUCGUUGGAUCAAUGAGGACCUAUGGGUGUGGAAGGAGACCGGAAUUACGAGAGAAAUGGUGAUGCGCGGCAAAACGACAGCUGCUUUUCGGUUGGUGAUAGUGAAUGGGAGUGCGUAUGUGGAUUCGCAUUUCAAAGCAUUUCAAAGCAGAGACACUCUUACUGUAUGGGGAAUUUUACAAUUGCUAAGGAGGUACCCCGGUAAAAUACCUGAUUUGGAGCUGAUGUUUGAUUGUGAGGACGAACCCGCCAUACAAGUGGAACAUUUUAGGGGCCCAAAUGCCACUGCCCCACCACCCUUGUUUACCUUUUGCGCCGAUGAUUCAACUUUCGAUAUUCCAUUCCCUGAUUGGUCAUUCUGGGGGUGGCCAGAAUUGCAUAUUAGGCCAUGGGAGGUACUAUUAAAGGAGUUGCAACAAGGCAAUGAGAGGAUUAAAUGGGUGGACAGGGAACCGUAUGCAUUCUGGAAGGGAAAUCCUUUCACCUCUAUAAAUAGGAUGAAUUUGUUCUUUAAAUGUAAUGUGUCAGAAUAUCAAGAUUGGGGGGCUCGCCUAUAUAAUCAGAAUUGGACUAGUGAGGAACAAGAAGGUUUCAAUCACUCCAACUUAGCCAACCAAUGCACUCACCAAUACAAGAUUUACAUUGAAGGAAGGUCAUGGUCUGUGAGCCAGAAAUACAUCUUGGGAUGUAACUCUCCAACAUUGGUGGUGAACCCCCGUUACUUCGAUUUCUUCUCCAGAGGUCUGAUGCCAAUGAAACAUUAUUGGCCAAUAAGGGAUGAAGAUACAUGCAGGUCUAUCAAGCAUGCUGUUGAGUGGGGGAAGAAGCAUCCAAAGCACGCACAACAGAUUGGGAAUGGUGGGAGCAAAUUCUUGGAAGAAGAAUUGAAGAUGGAGUAUGUGUAUGACUACAUGUUCCACCUGCUGAGUGAAUACAGCAAGUUGUUGAAAUACAAGCCAAGUGUACCUCCACAAAUGCUGCCACUCACCUCCCACCAUGUGCUUUCCCUCUCACAAGGACUGGAGAAGCAGUUUAUGAUGGAAUCUAUGGUUGAAGCUCCCUCCCACACACCGCCAUGCACCAUGCCGCCCUCUCCUGCCCCCGCUGCUGCUCUUCAUUCCAUUCUCAAAAACAAACAAAAUUCAAUCCACAAGGUACACUCCUGGGAAGAUGAUUACUGGCAGCACGCAAAUUUCAUUGGAGAAGACUAGCUACCUACCUACCUACUGCGGCCCGGCCUACUACAUACAAAAACUAAACUAUAUAUAUAUAUAUAUAUAUUACUCACAUACAUCCAUCAUAUAUCCAUGCUGCCGGAUUGCUAACUAUACUAUAUAGCUUCCUACUUUCUUCAAUGUCAUCCAUCAUCUCUUAUCU